AUGUGCCCAGACACCUUCAGCUCAGCAGAGCCCAGCACAAGCAUCAGAAUCAGUAAAAGAGGAAGAAAGAUGUCUCCAACUUUUUGCGUUUCUCUGCUCAGAUCCCUGCUCCUCGUGCUGCUGGCCAUGCUGUCAGCCAGCAGUCCUGCCCAGGGAAAGGCGAUGAAAUCUGGGCUCAAGACAGGGAAUCUCCUCAAGCAAGCGUCUGCUGGAUGCCUGCCCCAAAAAGACUCAAAAUUCCCCCAAACUGUGAGAGUCAACCUCAGCAUCAGCAGCACGAACCAGGAGACCAAAGGCAGUCUGAAUGUCAGCAGCCGCUCUCUGUCCCCGUGGGAUUACAGGAUCGACGAGGACCACGACCGCUUCCCGCGGCUGCUGGCGCACGCCGAGUGCCGCCACUCGCUGUGCGUGACCCCCGAGGGACAGCUGGACCCCGGCCUCAACUCCGUCGCCAUCCAGCAGGAGAUGCUGGUCCUGCGCAGGGAGCAGAGGGGCUGCCAGCAAUCCUACAGGCUGGAGAAGAAAAUUGUCACCGUGGGCUGCACCUGCGUCACCCCCUUGGUGCAGCACCAAGCCUGA